GGGCAUCAUCAUGUUCAGCACCACGCAGAAUGAACAGCGACACGCAGGAUGGUUCGGGAUGCUGGGCUGCACCUAACGGACCUCCGGUCUUUGGCAAACAUGUACACUGGGUAGAUGCUUUUGGAUUAAGAUUACUGGACUGUUCGCCGAGUGGCCUGGAUCGUAAAGCCGCAUCUCAGGUUACAAGCAGCAGCCUCUGAUGUGCUCUUCUGCCGCAUCGACAAGCACCGACGCCCGACCUCCAGGUCCCCAUGCCAUCGCCCCGGUGCCUCGAUCAUGACAUGACAUGACAGCUCCGGGAAGAAAGAGGAAGUCACAGGGUAGGAGUGGAUCAAGGGACAGAACUUGACUGGUCCACGCAGGGACCCACCUGCGGGCCCCUCAGACCGAAGACUGGCUAUAGUGGCUUUGUGAGUGUGGUGAUCACCCACCUUCUCUUCAACCCCCACCGGAUGCCCGGACCUCGUCGCGCCGCAGCAGGUCUACCCCCAGUCCGCGGUGCAGCUGCAAAUCUCCCGGCCGGUCUUCGGGCAGGUCCUCACCGUCAUGGGCUGCAUCCAAAGCAUCGCCUGCAACAAGUCGCGCAUCCGGAGGGAGAACAUUGCGGUGUGCGAGCUGGCGGCGACCAUCGACCAUUGCCCCACGGCCAUAGAAGAGGACUCGCCCAUUGUGCUCCGAUACAAGACGCCCUAUUUCAAAGCAUCGGCGCGGGUCGUCAUGCCGCCCAUUCCGCGCAACGAGACGUGGGUGGUGGGCUGGAUCCAGGCGUGCACCCAGAUGGAGUUCUACAACACCUAUGGAAACAUUGGCAUGUCAAGCUGGGAGCUGCCUCAGCUGCGAGAAGGCCAUGUGAGGGCCAUCAGCGACUCAGACGGUGUCAGCUACCCCUGGUAUGGUAACACCACCGAGACCGUCACAAUCGUGGGUCCCACGUCCAAGCCGUCCCGCUUCACCGUUAGUAUGAAUGACAAUUUCUACCCGAGCGUCACCUGGGCCGUGCCGGUGAGCGAAUCCAACACGCCGUUGCUGACCAACAUCAAGCGGGAUCAGAGUUUCACCACCUGGCUGGUGGCCCUCAACGCCGCUUCCAGAGAGAAGAUCUUGCUGCACACAAUCAAAUGGAGGAUGAGGGUGGACAUCGCCGUGGAGCCCUCUCGGCCUCUGGGCUACAGGGCCAGGCUUGUGGGCCGGCUGCACCAGGAGCAGCCACGGGUGUUGAGCCACAUGGAGCAGAUCCCCGCCAACGCCAUGGGGAGGCCCAAUGCCAAUGACGCACAGGUUCUAAUGUGGAGGCCCAGGAGAGGUCCUCCACUUGUAGUCAUACCGCCCAAGUAGAGUUCAUACUGUUGGCACAACAUCACAGUAACAGCCUUUCUCCACUUAUCAUUCUGAGGGUGGGGGGGACAACCGCCUUAAUUCCCUACCGCUGCCUUCGAUCAUCCAGAAAGUCUCUUGUCACAGCACAACUGAGCAAACAAACCCAAAAUAGAUAGACUGUAGCUACAGAGGCUCAGAAAAACAAAAUAUGACAAAAAAACAAUGGAUCUUCAGCCUUAAGAUACUUGCCUAACACUGGGUCUACUGGGGGCGUUCACUGAGAGCCAUGCAGUGACGUAGAAGUCGCUGCUGUAUCAAUCAAAAUGUGGCGGCACAGCGCAUUUUGAAAUGCGUGAAGGUCUGUGUGUUUGUAUGUUUUUCUAUAAUGGGUCCAGAUUGCUGCUGAUUUGUUACACGAGACUGCCUCAACCUGUACUUACGGUUACAUAUUAUCAUCAGAAGAAAUGUCAGGAUUUAUUUUUUCACCUGUAUUUCAUUUUUAUGUCAAAGUGACCAUUUUAUGGAGAUAGCCUGAACAAAAAAUAAACCAAACUAAACCUUAAAGGUCCCCUGGUGCAAAAUACAUAAAAAAAAGAAAAGAUAUUCUAAUAGAGCAAAGAAAAUUCUUAUCUCGCUCACCCUUUUGAGAGCUAGCCCUUUGUGAUGUAGCAGAGGUUCAUAGUAGGAAGCACUUUGGGCGUGUGACCAAUCACAGUGGAGUGGGCAUGCUCGAAGGCGGGCCAUGGGUGGAAUAAAUUACAACAGACCGUUUUGGCAGGAAGCACAAAUCAAAGGAAAUACAGCUGGAAUAGGUGAAGAUUCUGCAAAAUAUAAAAAGUUUUCUGUGCGGGUUAUUGUGUGUAGCUGCUCUAUAGGAGACCACAAUUCAAUACAAAUGGUUGGAAAAUUAUCAUAAUAUGUAUCCUUUCGAGCUACAGACACACAAUGCCGCGUGGUCCCAGCAGGGCUAACACUUUUAAACUCCAUUGCUUCCAGCAUCAAAGGCUGGAUUUUGGUUUGGUUUGUUUUUAAAAUACUUGCAAAAUACUACAUCAUGGGACCUUUAAGUGAUGAGCAAUUGGGACAAAUGAGGAAUAACAGGCAUAAAUGCUCACUUACAGCUACUUUGAGUCUCCCAAUUUGUCUUUAGAAAGCCAGUAAUACCUGCUCUGACCUUCUUCUCUACAGCAUAACAUGAUUUUUUUGUGUUUUAUCUCAUCAAAACUAAGACAAGAUAAUAGUAAUACAUGAGGCCUAUGUGUUGUAUCACGACUGACAAAGAUUUGAUGUUUACACUGAGAAAAAUAUACCUCUCUGCGUGUGACUGUAUUUUGAGGACCAUGACAAUAGCAUGUUGUUAUAUGGAUUGGGGGAGGGGGGAUGGAUUAUAAGCCCCUUAUCUAUGUAGAUCUAGAAAAAAAUGCUACAUUUUAGAAUUGAUUUGUUGGGUUUUGUUUGAAUCAGUAGGAAAAAAAUGGUAGGUAUGAUUUUGCAGGAGGGGGUAUUAAUUUAGUCAAAUGCAGACCGUACCAGUCAUCUAUUAGGGGUAAGGUGGUUACAGGUAUUACAGAUGAACUUUAUUUGUAUUUUUUUUCCUAAUAAUUUUUGCCGGAAGAAAAUAUGACUUAAUCAAGAAUAUAUACAACAAUAUAAUAUGCAUUACAAAACACUUGAUUUUCUUCAUCCCGCAUGAAAUAAAUCAUCAACUUUUUUUCUGCCUUUUCUCAUCAGUGGACAGAAUAUUCUUAUCGAUUCCCCCCCGCCCCCCCCCCCCCCCCAAAUCCCAAAUUCUUUCCCAAUAUUAUUAUUAAUAAUUGGUGCCCGGUGUCAAUUUGAAGAAAUGGAAAUGCAGUAAGUUGAUUGUCACUUAAUAAAACGCACAAAAAAGACAUUUUUACAUGAUUUUGCUAAACUAAAAAAGAGCAAGUAUGAGUUUUCACUGGCCUGUGUUGUGAAAAUGUCAUAUGGAGUGAAAUAGCAGCUCUGUCUACUGCAUUUCUGUAACCACGCCAUUUGCCGCGAGUCUAUAAUAAGCCUUCACGCUCCCAUGCACACACCCUGUUGACAACCUCGCCAAGCAGAGGUGUGGAACUUAAUUCAUUGUAGCUGUUACAUGGGAGCCAUUUAUGAGGCGUUUGAGCCCCCCAGCCCGCCCACUGACAAUCAUGGGGAACAUCCAGACUUUUAAACAUAGCAGGAGCAUGUAGUGAGGGAAACAUUUCGUUAAUGUGCAUCAGGGCUGUUAAAGUGUCUUUUCCAGUGACAGAAGCUGUUUUACAUGGAGGCAGACCCCCGUUUAAAAAGUGAAUGGUACAAGAGGGGGUACACUCUUGUAGCGUUCCAUUGUGUUACAUAUGAAAGGACGGCAAGAAGUUCUUCUCUAGCAUUUGCAUGCAGUGUUUUUAAUUCAUUAAAACAAAUGACUACAUUUAUUUUAAGUGUGAAUUCAUUCCUUCAAUUGUGUUA